UUCGCCUGCCCCAGCUCCCCGGGGCGCCUGGCCGAGGGCAGGGAGCGGUACGAGCUGGACGUACUGCCCUGGCAGGGACCCCGCCUGGCCCUGGACGAGCUGCAGAAGCCAGAGCUCGGGUGCUGGGCCAGGGUCCAGUCCAUCUGUGUCUCCCUUCUCAAGGUGCCCCUGAUGUUUGGGUUCCUGUACCUCUUCGUGUGCUCCCUGGAUGUGCUCAGCUCUGCCUUCCAGCUGGCCGGAGGCAAGGUGGCUGGGGACAUCUUCAAGGACAAUGCCAUCCUCUCCAACCCAGUGGCUGGGCUGGGGGUGGGCAUCCUGGGGACCGUACUGGUGCAGAGCUCCUCCACCUCCACCUCCAUCAUCGUCAGCAUGGUCUCCUCGGGGCUGCUGGAGGUGCGCUCUGCCAUCCCCAUCAUCAUGGGCUCCAACAUCGGCACCUCCGUCACCAACACGAUUGUGGCUCUCAUGCAGGCUGGCGACCGCAGUGAGUUCAAACGGGCGUUUGCUGGUGCCACGGUGCAUGACUGCUUCAACUGGCUGUCAGUGCUGGUGCUGCUGCCGCUGGAGGUGGUGAGCGGGUACCUGCACCACGUCACCCACCUGGUUGUGGCCACCUUCAACAUCCAGGGCCCUGACCUGCUGAAGAUCAUCACAGAGCCCUUCACCAAGCUCAUCAUCCAGCUGGACAAGUCGGUGAUCACCGGCAUCGCAACAGGUGACGAGAGCCUGCGCAACCGGAGCCUCAUCCGCGUCUGGUGUGGCCCUGCACCCCCACAGGGCAUGGGCCUGGUGCUGGUGAGGAGUGAUGUGAUGGGAUGGGGUGCCUCUCCUGUAGGUCUGGGGGUGAUCAGCAUCGAGCGUGCCUACCCGCUGACCCUGGGCUCCAACAUCGGCACCACCACCACCGCCAUCCUGGCUGCCCUGGCCAGCCCGGGGGACAAGCUGGCCAGCUCCUUCCAGGGACCGGGCAUCGCCCUCUGCCACUUCUUCUUCAACAUCUCUGGCAUCCUGCUGUGGUACCCACUGCCCUUCACCCGCCUGCCCAUCCGCAUGGCCAAGGCACUGGGCGAGCGCACGGCUAAGUACCGCUGGUUCGCCGUGCUGUACCUCAUCGUCUGCUUCCUCCUGCUGCCCUCCCUCAUCUUCGGCAUCUCCAUGGCGGGCUGGCGGGUGCUGGUGGGGGUGGGUGCACCCUUCCUUGCCCUCCUCUUCUUUGUGGGGCUGGUGAACGCACUGCAGGCGCACAGCCCCGGCCGCCUGCCCAAAUG